UUUUUUUUUCCCAUUUCCCGGAACUAUCACUGAAAGCAAAAUGAAUUCCUCGUUUCCAAACACCCCUUAAAUUCUCUGCCGAAAAAAAUCAACUAGGAAGAAACUGGGAAGUAGCUUCCUCCACAAAAACUCAAAACCCAAAUGCACAAAUUAGGGUUUUUGAUUUUCAAUUCCUAAAUUACAUGUAAAUUUUGUUCCUUUUUAAUGCAAGUUAUUGGCGCUCUUGAAAUUAGGGCCUUAUGUUGAGCUCCUAUUGCUCGCACUCUCUCGCUCAGCGCCCAACUCUUGCAUCUUCCCUCCCCAAAUUUCGGUUUGCGAACCGACCCGGCACCUUUUCUUUGACCCGGAGCUCCCGGAUCUUUGAAUCCAAGCCUAAGCUCGCAAAGAACAAGUGGAAAAUUUCAUGCUUUAGGCAUGAGGGGUUCUCCCCAGAAAACCCAAAAUCUGAAUAUGUUGAACAGUUUCUGCCUGAAGAAGUGGUACAACAUGAUUUUGAUAAGUCUAGUGCUCGCAAAAGAGAUUGGAAAUCAACUCUUCAGGAGGCUGCAGAUGCGGUCUUGAGGGCAGUUGGUAGUGGGUGGACUGUACCAUGGACAGCAGAGACCAUUCUGCAGGUUAUGCUUCUCUGGGUAGCUGCUUUCUGGUUCAUUGGGUCCUGGAUGAUUCCCUUUGCAGCUCACAUGGCAGGGUUCAGCAAGGAAUCUCUAACAUUCAGAGGACAAGCCUUGUUCAGCCUUGUGACUGACAUAACUGAAGGCCUUGCUGGGAUUGCAAUACUCCAUCGCUGUCUGUCUCAGUUUCAUCCCCUUCCAUCAGAUUGGUUUAAAUUUAGCUUGAGAGGGAAGUGGCUUUUUGAUGUUGUGCUAGGAUGCCUCAUGUUUCCUGUUGUCAACCGAUUAUCACAGUUCAACCUCAACUUGUUGCCACUUAUGCCUUCUACACCUGUAACCCUUUCAAGUGUUGAGCAGUCAAUUUUAGCAAGGGAUCCAGUAGCCAUGGCACUAUAUGCGAUUGUAGUUUCAGUUUGUGCUCCUGUAUGGGAGGAGAUAGUUUUCCGUGGUUUUCUUCUCCCUUCCUUGACCAAAUACAUGCCUGUAUGGUGUGCAAUACUGGUGAGUUCAGUUGCCUUUGCUCUGGCACAUUUUAAUGUACAGAGAAUGCUACCUCUUAUUUUCCUGGGAAUGGUGAUGGGUGUUGUUUUUGCACGGUCAAGGAAUCUAUUACCAUCUAUGCUUCUGCACAGCCUCUGGAAUGGUUUUGUGUUCUUGGAUUUAAUGAGAUAAGCAUCGUUGUCUUCUCAUAUAAGCCUGUUGUGGGUUGAUCAUAUUUAGGGAAGCAUAGGCUUCAGGUCAAUUUUCUGUGGUAUGCUUCUUGCAAGGGUUUUGAGCAUAUUCUCGUUCAUGGGCAAGCUACUUCAUUGUAUCUGCAACACAAUUGAAUGCCUAGAAAAUUUGUACAGGUCCUCCAACUGAACGCAAGAAGUAACACGCAUGCUGAUAGGCCAUUCAGUUGAUCCAGCAUAGCUUAAGAGAAUUGCUCCACAGUUUCUGUUUAUCUUUGAUUAUACCAGGGACAGCAACAGCAACAAGGAAAAUGAAGAUUAUAUCUCCAUUUUGGCCAAAGGCAAUCUCCCAUCUUGCAAUUGUAGAACUUCAUGUUUUAAUUUGUUAGAUGAGGACUUCUCUCUCUCUUUAUGGUAAAUAGUAAUCCUUGCCUUUCCAU